AUGGACGGGAGGAAUGUCAGCGAUAAUGGCGACGAUCGCGAUAUUUACUUAUUGGUUGCAUUAGUCGAUCGGCUCGAUCUUGUUUCGCCUUGCAUAGAACUUUUGAACGAGGAAUGGCCUCGAAGUCAGGCGGCACGCGAAAACAGUUUAAAGAAGACUAUCAGUUCGAAGCCUCCAAUGUCACUAAUAUUCUUGGACCGGAAAUUAGAUAAAUUAAUUGGUCACGCUAAGUUAUGUUCAAUAAUUGGUGAUGAUGAAAGUUGUUGGAUUGAAUCAGUUGUUAUAACGAAAAAGUUGCGAGGUCGUCGAUUAGGAGCGCGUUUGAUCAACGCUGUUGAAAAAAAAGCUUCUCAAUUCGGAUUUCACAAAGUUUACCUCUCAACAACGAAUAAAUAUGGUUUUUAUUUGAAAUGUGGUUAUGAAUUUUGUGAGCCGAUUUUUCAUACUGGUGCCAAUAUUAACCUAUUUAAAGGUGUAAAUGCGCUGAUAUUUCUGCCAAAAAACUCAAAUUCAAAAUUUGAAAAAAAAAAUUAUGAUUUUAAGGAUAUCAAAAAUAACGAAAGUGACCAUUCGUCAAAUAAGUCUUCGAAAGUGAAUAACAUACCAUCAGUGCAUCAUAUUCCUUUGCCACCUCCUUUACCACAGCAAUCAACUGCUUGUCGCUUUUCUGCAGAUUUUUGUUCCCCUUUAAAAAAGCAAUACAUGUAUAAAAUAUUAAAAUAG